AUGAAAAAUCUUAAAAAUCUUCAACUUAUUACCAGUCGAAUUGUAUUACUUGAAGAUUCAAUUUUACCAAUAAAAGAUACUUUGGAAAGUUUAACUUUAUCGUUAUAUGAAUCUAGUGUUUUUCUCUAUGAAAUAUUGUUAAGAAUGGAAAAUUUAAAAACGUUAACAAUUGAAAACCACGAUGCUUUCAAUUUUCACCAAUGUGUCGUUGAUGAUAAUAGUAAUUAUAUAACGUUGGAAAGUCUCAGAUAUGAUGGUGGUUCAUUUGAAAAGAUUUCAUCUAAAUCACUGGAAUGUUUAAAAAUGUUGGAUAAUCUAGCUAUACAUAAAAGCAGUCUUCAAGAAAUUCAUGCUGGAGCAUUUAGUGGUCUUGAAAAUCUAAGAAUUCUCAAUAUACAGUUUAAUCAAAAUUUAACUGUCAUUAAAAAAGGUGUACUCGAUGGAUUACAAAAAUUGGAUAUACUAGCCCUGAUACGACUAUGCGGAAGAAAAUUAAGUGUGCUGUCUAAGUCAUCAAUAAGGACAAGCAACAUUCGCAAAGAGUUCCUGAAAUAUUUAGAUGAGCAACAGAAAUCACGGGAAAAAUUUGACGAAUAUGAAGAGAUCAUGAAUCGAAUGGAAGGUGAUGGCAUUGAUGAUGAAGAAAACCACACAACAAAUUUAGCCACACUCGAAGAAGAUGCAUUUUUUGGACUUGAUAAUUUAUUGACAAUCAAUUUGUCACACAACAAUCUCACACAUAUUCCCAACAAUGUUUUUAAUAAACUUAAUAAAUUGAAUGAACUGACACUUCAUCAUAAUUCUAUUAAGACAAUUGAAAUGGGGGCAUUGGUAUUGAACCACGCUAUGAAAUUUGUGAAUAUAAGCAAUAAUCAAUUGGAACGAAUCACCGCAGGAACAUUCAAAGGAAUGAUAUGCGAUUAUCUAGAUUUGAGUGGAAAUAUAAUUUUAUCUCAUGAGAGAAAUAUACUUGCUCUUACGGAAAUAAAAAAGUCAAAUAUCAAUGGACAUGUUAGUACUAGAGGUCAUGCAUCAAAAUCUGAGGAUCCACCAAUAAAUGAUUAUCAUGUCAGCUGGACUAGUUGGGGUUUAGGUUGUGAUGAAAAAUAUAAUUGUCCUUGGUUUGUUACAAUGUUUGUUUGA